AUGGAAGACUACGACAAAGCCACCAAGCUUUUUAACAGCAUCAUCGAUCAUUAUGAGCCUUUACAGGCGCCUGACAAUGAAUAUAAACCAAUACCGCUUCUACGCAACACGAAGGAGGGGGUCUCCGUUAAAGACGACUGUCUGGCCCUUUUCUUUACUUUUAUCGAAGCCAAUCGGCUUGGAGCAUUGGCUGCAAAACCCACUCAACCUACGCCGACAUCUCUUUCUCGUGCCCAACUAUCACAAUCGGCCAUUGGCACUCCACAAAAAUUCGACAUUCAGAAGGCUGAGGAGCGAUACAAAAAGGACGCAAUCAACGUGGAAGACGAUGGUGGAGAUUCUCUGCUGCCAGAAAGAAAUGAUAUGGCCUAUCUGGAAGUGGCGCAUAUAAUUGCUCAUUUUCUGGUGUCGCUUAGCAAUAUUGGGGGAGCCAAAACUACUUCCCAGACCGAGCCAAAGCAAAUAAGCCACAAAAUUCUGAAGAUGUUCAAUCCCAGAACUGUCCGCCUUAUCAGCGGGACUGACAUUGACCGACUGAUGAAUGCGCUCACCUUGACUCAUGACCUUCAUAGGUUAUUCGGUAAUUUUGAGAUUGCAUUUGAGCCGAUUGACAGUCAACCGCAGACCUACAAAAUCAAGUACGUAAAUGCAGGCCGCAUAUUUCGAGGCCACUGGCUUCCUGUUACCCGCACACUCUAUGUCACCCCCGGGAGAAGUAUAGAGCCACCUUCUAUUCAACUUUCGGAACUUCAUCAUGCCAUCGGUCAGAUUCUUCAUUCAAGUGCCGCGGGCAAGUAUAUCGAUAAACUCAUUCGGGACACGGAAGAUAUAGAAGGAGGACGAAUGUGUUCGAACGGUUCUACUCGCAUUGAUGAUUACAUUCGUUACAGACUCACUGGUCAAGGACUGUUUUAUGGUAGGUCUAGAUAA